AAACGAAACACUGACGUAUCUUUUUCCUCCAUCUCAUCCAACCAUCGACUUUUACCCACAGCAACAAAGCAAAAAGAUCUGAAAAAUCUGAAAUGUCAAAUUAUUACGAGUACGAAGAGUACGCUUCUCGUCGUCGCCGCGACUUUUCACCUGACAACUACUCGGGUGGCGCCCCGGCUCCCAACCCCAACAACCCAGGCGCUCAAGGUCAGGGACCCCCUCCUCCUCCAGGAGCUCCCCCUUACGCCUCGACUUCACGCCUCGAUGAGCAGUACGGCGCUGGUCCUCCCCGCGAUCGCAUGACCCUUGAGCCUCCCCCGAAUCAGGCCCGUACCCGCUCCGUCCCUCCUCCCAAUACCACAAUGAUCCGGCGAUCCCGUUCCCGCUCCCGCCCUGGCUCCGUUACCUCCUCCCAAGAAGACUAUGACGACGACCGUCGUCGCGACAGCCGUUCUCGCGGGCGUGGGCGCUCGCAGAGUCCUCUCUCCCGUGCUCGUGGCGCUGUUGAAGAUAACUUCUCCAACUCGGCCACUGGCAUCGGAGCUGGUCUCCUCGGCGCUGUCGUAGGUGGCCUCGUCGCCCGGGAGGCUUCUGAUGCGGCUACCCGUCACAAGCACAAGACACGAGGAUACGAUGACGAUAAUGAGAAUCGUACUCGUCUUGUUUCUACCAUCCUCGGUGCCGUGGCCGGUGGUCUCGGCGCCAAUGCCCUCGCCAACCGUGUCGAGGACUCGAGGGACCGAGACCGUCGUCGCCAGCUCGACUGGGAACGUGAGCGCAGCUACGUGCGGGAGGAGGAGAUGCCGCGGUACGAUCGCCGGAGAUCUGGCGACAGGGAUCGUGAUUCCCGCAGCCGUGACCGGUAUGAUCGCGGCAGAGCGCUACCCGCAAACGAUGACGAAGAGUAUGACUUUGUCUAUGACGACCCCCGCUACGACGACCGACAGCCCCAGCGGCGCAGGAGUGAGGACGCUCCGCGGUACCGGCAAUAGUUUCUCUCUCUUGUAUCCUCUCCUUUUGCCACGUUGACGGGCUCUUUCUUUUAACGACUACUUAUGACUCUACGGCUGAUUGUUAACCAUCCAAUGUUAAAACUAUUUCAAAUCUCUUGGUUGGGUAACUAGAACAGUUCCCUCCCUCUAAGGACACACGGAGAAUACGUUUACUUGAAGAACAUCUAAUGAGGAAUGAUUUGAUGCUAUCUACAUACCUGUACUUUAUCUUUUGAAUUGAUACGUUAUUCCGCGA